UGCGUAACUAACAGAGAAAUUGCGUGAAUGACUAUCACGGAAGUCUUGAAACGUGCUGUUGUCAUUUCUUAUUAACGGGAUAAAAGUAAACUGAUGCUUAUUAUACUAGCCGAUUCAAAAGGAUAACCGAUUACGAUCAUCGAAGUGAAUUAUGGCUACCGAGGGAGACCCAACUGACUUUGUGAAAGUGCUUCACCUUCUAGUUAUUUCCUUUACAUGGGGAAUGCAGGUGUGGGUGUCUUUCAUAGCAGGUUUUGUGCUGAUCUCCCAGGUAUCCAUGCACACGUUUGGUCUCGUGCAAAGCAAAUUAUUCCCAUUUUAUUUCUAUUGUCUGCUGGGUAGUAAUGCGGUCAAUCUGGCCAUAUAUGCGGUGUAUCACCCUAGAGAACUGCUUGACUGGCAUGAGGGCAUACAGAUGACUCUGUUCUUUGUGGCUGUGAUCAUGGCCGGUCUGAAUGCACAGUGGUUUGGUCCGUCUGUCACAGAGAACAUGCUGGUCAUGCAGGAGAUCGAGAAGGAACACGGUCUGGGAAAUCAGGUGGGUAUGAGCUCCAAUAAAGAAGGGUACGCCAAACUCCGUGAGCAGGACCCGAAAUACAAGGAACACCGGACCGCCUUCUACCGCUACCAUGGUCUGUCCAGCCUCUGCAACCUCAUAGGCUUUUUCUCCACUACUGUCAAUCUUAUUUACCUGGCCCUCCAUUUGGGAACUAUAUGAGUGUGUUGUGUGUCUUUGAGAAAGAGUACAGUCAGACAGAUAUUUUUAGGGAAUGUUCCUGUGUAUGUUCACUUUCUUCUGUCAAGACUGUUUUGUAUAACAAUAAUGCUUCUAGUUUUUAUACAAGUAUGAAAGUAGUGUUUAGUGUUCUUUAAGGUUAAAAGAACAAAUUCAGACCUACUGAUGUGAGCCAAAAGUGAACUGACGUGAAAUAGAGCCCAGCUGAUUUUGUAUUCACACUAAAUUCACACUAAAAGUGGACUCAAAUCUCAUUUUAGACCAUUUUAUUUGUGACUGGGUUUCAGUUCAGUUUUCUCAUCACUUUCUUUAUCUUAAUCUUAAUCUAAAGCAUAAUUCUUGUCACUCUCACUCCGAUCACUCUCAGACAAAAUAUAAAUUCCUUAAUUUUUACAUUUGGAUCCCAUGAUGGUUUUUUAUUAUGUGUAAACAUGUCCAGCCAUAUUAAAUUAUAUUAUAGAUGUUAACAGUAUUUUUCCCUACUUUAAAAUGCUUCAAAAUGGGUAAUUGCACUGAAUCUUUUGUUUAUAAUAAACAGGCUGUCUAUUUACACAUACGUUAGUGAUAAUAUAGCUGUUUAUGAUUGUUUAAACAAUGUGUUUUGAUUUGUUGCUGAACUAUGACUAUAAUUUUUAUCUGUUUUUGCCUUAAUGCUUCACAAUGUGAACAAUACAUGUAUUUUCCCACUAGAGGGCUGUUUGUGGAAAGGUUUGUGGAAAUGAGAGGAACAAUUUUAGAAUUGUCAAUCAUAAAAUGCUGUUUACAUUUCCUAAAAGAAUGAGUGACACUAAAAUAGCAGUGGAUCAAUUUUGUAAACAUGGUGUUUGAACAGCAAAGUAAACUUCCUUUUAUCACUGGACAUAAAGAAGAGUGCUGUUAAAGAUUUAGUGACGUACAAAUGUGAUUUUGUAGAUUUUUCUGCAUAUUCAAGCCUUUUUUUCUUUUAUCUUUAGUGUUUCAUACCGUUUUUAUCAUAUUUUCCAUUUUAAUUAUAAGAAAACAAACUUUAUUCAUGUGUGUUUGUGUCCAUUGGGAAUCUUGAUCACAAUCUUGACAGCAAACAUGAGUUUUUUGUUUAUUUGUUAUCCUGAACAAGCAUUUAUUCAGUUAAGGAAAUAUGAAACACCUAUGCAUGUUGAGUUUCAAUAAAAAACAUAAAUACAAUUUACUGCAAGGACUCUGAAAGAGUGGUUACAGACAUCCAGUGUUGUGAGUGUCUUUAUUUGCAUUUACUGCUUUCUUACCACAGGUAUACAAACAUGCUGACCAAACUUCAGUGAGAUAUACAUAAGAGGAAGAGUUGCAAAGUGGAAUGGAGUAUGCUAUCCUAAUAAAUGUAAUUUCAUCAAUUCUGCUGAGAAAAUACUUUUCCUGCUACAGUGAUAAUACCCUGUUCACAAAAACCUAAACAUAUUAAAAUUAAAAAAGAAAAAUCCA